AUGCUGAGGGAACUUUAUCUCUCCCUGUCCCUGGUCCUGGUGUUUGCCUGUGGCCUGCUCUACCAGCUGACCCUGAGGUCUCAGUGCUUCUUUGCUUGUCUGCCCCUUUUCACAUCUCCACAGGGGCUGGAAGGCCUCCCGAGGAGUGGACGAAGCAUCGUGUUUAUAGAGACCUCUGAGAGAAUGGAGCCACCUCCACUGGUCUCCUGUGCUGUGGAGUCUGCUGCGAAGAUCUACCCUGAGCAGCCCAUCAUUUUCUUCAUGAAAGGGCUCAGCAACUCCACACAGUUGACUUCAAACACCAGCUACCCAGCCUUCUCCCUCCUCUCGGCCAUUAACAAUGUUUUCUUUGUGCCUUUGGACAUGAAGAGACUGUUUAAAGACACACCCUUGUUUCCGUGGUACACCAAAGUCAACAGCAGUAGAGAGAAACACUGGCUCCAUGUCAGCUCUGAUGCAUCCCGCCUGGCCAUCAUCUGGAAGUAUGGCGGCAUCUACAUGGACACUGACGUCAUCUCUAUCAGGCCCAUCCCCGAGGAGAACUUCCUGGCAGCCCAGGGCUCCCGACAAUCCAGUAACGGGGUAUUUGGGUUCCUUCCCCACCACCCCUUUCUGUGGGCCUGCAUGGAGAACUUUGUUGAGCACUAUAACUCAGCCAUUUGGGGUAACCAAGGUCCCAAUUUGAUGACGAGGAUGUUACGGGUGUGGUGUAGACUUGAAGACUUCCAAGGGUUGGGUGACCUAAAGUGUUUGAAUAUUUCCUUCCUUCAUCCCCAGAGAUUUUACCCCAUCCCUUAUCAUCUUUGGAGGCGCUACUACCAAGUGUGGGAGACAGAGCCGAACUUCAAUGACUCCUACGCACUGCAUUUGUGGAACUAUAUGAAUCAAGAGGGCAAGACUGCGGUUAGAGGAAGCAACACUCUAGUGGAAAAUCUCUAUCAAAAGCACUGUCCUAAGACUUACAGGGUUCUGAUUCAAGGUGCGGGAGGGACAGUGUCCAGGGAGCCAGGCACAGGUACCAGAUAG